AUGUGGUCCAACACUAGUGCUGAUCCUUUCCUACUGACUGGCUUCCCAGGUCUGGAGACAUUUCAUCCUUGGAUUUCCAUCCCUUUCUUUGUCAUCUAUAUCUCCAUCCUCCUCGGCAAUGGCACUCUCCUCUUCCUUAUCAGAGAAGACCACAUUCUUCAUGAGCCUAUGUACUACUUUUUGGCUAUACUGGCAGCCUCAGAUCUAGGAGUGACUUUGACAACAAUGCCCACAGUGCUUGGUGUUCUGUGGCUGGAUCACAGGGAGAUUAGCCACGGGGCCUGCUUCUUCCAGGCCUAUCUAAUCCAUUCACUCUCAAUCGUGGAGUCUGGAGUCUUGCUUGUUAUGGCCUAUGAUCGUUUUAUUGCCAUCUGCAAUCCCUUAAGAUACACCUCCAUUCUCACCAAUGCUAAGGUGGUGAAGAUAGGUCUAGGGGUUCUACUGCGAGGAUUUAUACUUAUUGUGCCCAUAAUCAUCACCCUUUCUGAAUUCCCCUACUGUAGGUCACAUGUCCUCUCCCAUGCCUUCUGUUUACACCAAGAUGUGAUCAAACUGGCCUGUGCUGACAUUACUUUCAAUAGACUUUAUCCUAUAGCCUUGGUUUCAUUAACUGGCUUCUUGGACUCUAUGCUUAUCCUUAUCUCUUAUAUCUUAAUCCUUAAGACUGUUAUGGGCAUUGCUUCAGGUAAGGAGCAGACAAAAGCUCUAAACACCUGUGUUUCUCAUAUUAGCUGUGUUCUGGUUUUUUAUGUCACUGUGACUGGGCUGACCCUCAUUCAUCGAUUUGGGAAAUAUGUGCCACAUAUAGUUCAUAUCAUCAUGAGUUAUAUCUACUUUCUCUUCCCCCCUUUUAUGAAUCCAAUAAUCUAUAGUAUUAAGACCAAGCAGAUCCAGAAUGGUAUCAAUCGUCUUCUCUCUUUCCAUAGAACUUGA